GGGACAGCGGCGGGAGCGCGGCCGGUGAAGGCGACAGGCAGAGCGGGAGCGCGCGUGCGGGACAGCGAGCCCCGCAGUACCCCGGCCUCCGUGCGAGCGUCCCACGGUCCCGGGGCCAGCACCUUGCAGGACCCUCCGCCGAGCCAGCCCAUGAAGCCGCCCGCAGCGCAGGGCAACCCCGCGGCCGCCGCGGCCGCAGCCCCGGCCUUGGACUCCGCGGCCGCCGGGGACCUGACGGACGCGCUGUGCGAGUUCGACGCGGUGCUGGCCGACUUCGCGUCGCCCUUCCACGAGCGCCACUUCCACUACGAGGAGCAUCUGGAGCGCAUGAAGCGGCGGAGCAGCGCCAGUGUUAGCGACAGCAGCGGCUUCAGCGACUCCGAGAGUGCAGAUUCAUUUUAUAGGCACAGCUUCAGCUUCAGUGAUGAAAAACUGAAUUCUCCCACAGACUCCACCCCAGCUCUGUCUCCUGCAGUCGCUCCUCGGAAAGCCAAACUAGGAGACACAAAAGAGCUAGAAGACUUUAUUGCUGAUCUUGACAGAACAUUAGCAAGUAUGUGAGAAAAGGAGACGUUCUGGGUCCUUCCAUCAUAAAGGAGAGGCUUCGGGAAGCUCUGAGCACCUGGUAAAAUCAGCUACAGAAUUUGCUGCCAGAAGGAACAGAGGUGGCAUUUGCCUGCCGUUCGCAGGCUGGUCCUAAAACUAGCCUUUGGGCUCAUCUCUGGGCAAUUCAACAGUGAAACUGACUCUGUUUACCUGCUUGCAGCACAUUAGAACAGACCACCCAUGCUAAUAUCGUAUUUUCUCUUAAAAUAUAGCUUUCCUGUAAUUUAAAGUGCUUUUAUGAAAAUAUUUGUAAUUAAUUAUAUAUAGUUGGAAACAGUGAUAUGCUUUUCUCAUUAUAAUAUAUUUUUGUAUGCAAAUAAAAUUUGAACUGGA